CUGCUUGCUCCUCGCGUUUUGUAUUCACUUGAACCAUACCUCACUGCUGACUACUUUAAGAAAAACCUUGAGAUACCUUUUCCCGUGCUUCUCAACCUUCAAUUCAUCUAGCCCCUCGACUGCAAUAUCUUCACACCCUCAAGCUGUUUCUCCCAACUCGUUGCGUCCGGUCGCUGCAUUGCCUACCAUCUCGAUCCGCUAUCUAUUCCGUCAGCAUGGCGAGAGUCACUAGAGGUUCAGCGGCCAAGCUGAAAGCUGCACAACCACCGCAAGACGUCACACAGGAGCCUGUGCAGCUAUCAAGCCCUCCGGCUACUCCGGGACCUCAGCGGAGCGAACCCAGGAGAGCCACCAAAACUGGACUAGCGUCUCAGGAGCCUUCCCCAGCAAAGGCUUUGCCUGUCACGCCCAAAAGCACCCGCAAACGAGCACGGACGGCAGCGAUAGAAGAAGACGUGAACGAGCUCCCGCACAACCUCGGAACCAUACCCGAUUUGAUCCCAAGCCAGGUAAAGCCAAAGGAUGGAUCGCCGGCUAAGAAAGCUAGGCACCUCAAGGCAAGCAAGCCUACUUCACGGAAGACGGAAGACGUCGAGGAGCUGGUUGCCAAGGCCACAGCGACUACUGAGAAUUCUCCAAAGAAGGCCAAGAACAACAGCUAUGGCCUCACCCCUGGCAAGACUCCGUACCCAAACUGGCCUCACCCAACCGCCGAGGAGUGUGAAGAGGUAACUCGCCUGCUGUCAUCAGUACACGGAGAGGUCAAACCACCAAAGUCCAUUCCCAUGCCGUCGCUCACAGUCUCUGGAUGCGGAGAAGUACCGUCGGUGCUUGAUGCCUUGAUUCGAACCCGCCUCUCGGCUGCGACCACCGGGACCAACUCUUCCCGAGCUUUUGCCGGUUUGGUCGCCAAGUUCGGGGUCCUCAAGGAGGGCGUCGGCAAGGGAAGCGUAGAUUGGAACAAGGUCCGCUUGGCUGACACCAAGGACAUCUUCGAAGCAAUCAAGAGUGGCGGGCUAGCAGAUGUCAAGAGCAAAGACAUCAAGAAGAUCUUGCAGAUGGUGUGGGAGGAGAACCAAGCUCGGCGCGACGAGCUCGUCUCUUCCGGUACCGCUCCUGGGUCUGCAAAUGAAGACCCUGAGGAGAAGAAUGCUGAAGUAGCAAAGGCAGAUGAGAACGUGCUUUCUCUUGAUCAUUUGCACCUCGUCUCGAAUGACGAGGCUUUUAAGGCUUUGACCAAAUAUCCUGGGAUCGGUCCGAAGACUGCCUCGUGCGUCCUUCUCUUCUGUCUUCAACGACCUUCAUUCGCCGUCGAUACGCAUGUGUUCCGUCUCUGCACAUGGCUAGGUUGGGUACCGCCACCCGGUGAUCCAGCGGGUUUGGCCCCCGGAGCCAAAGGCAAGUUCGCCGGACCAACACGCAACUCUACGUAUGCCCACUGCGAAGUCAGGCUUCCGGACCAUCUGAAAUACCCGCUUCAUCAGCUCUUCAUCAAGCAUGGAAAGACAUGUCCGCGUUGUCGCGCCAUCACAGGCGAGAACAGCGAGGGCUGGGACAAGGGCUGCGUAAUCGACCAUCUUGUCAAGAGGACGGGCGUCAGGAAAGGUAUGGGCGCCGGUCCGGUCAAGGGUGCGAAUGGUCGAAAUGCAAAGAGGAAGAAGAGAGCGGACGAUAAUGAGAGCGAACCGGAAAGCAACGAAUUGAGUGACCUUGGCAGCGAGGAUGAAGAAAAUGGGUCUGGCGCAUAGUGAGCGAGCGCCAAUAGUUUCUCACUUCGACGGAAACUACGGUCACAUAUACACACAAGGUCUCUAUCUUAUAAGAAAAGAGGAUCGCUUUCACUGUAAUCGGAGUUGGGGAUAUUCCUCUAUUGGGAAUCAGUGCAAUAGGCUCUCUGCUUGCGUGGGACAUGGUGAGCAUAGUCUCCAA